CACCGCGCAAGCGCGUCGACGCUUACUCCCACUUUUCCGCUUUCGCUCUUUCUUGAUCCAGUAGUGGAUGUCCGCAUCCCCUCUCGUUCGCCGUAGCGUCAAAAGCGGUGGCGGCGACGACGGGUGCAAUGGCGGGAGGUUGGAGGGGUAGCUAAUCGGCAUCGACGUACGUGCGGCCAGAGAACCUUAUGUACGUCGCUGUAGUCUCGUCCUCCCGCGUUUUCGUUAGUACGCACCUAACCCGUGCUGUAACCGUUGUGUUACUUUGUGUCGCUCGUCCUUGCCUCCUCCACAGACUGCCAGCAAGUGAAAAAGAGAGACAGAAGUAGAUUGUUAAAAAGUAAUAGUCAGUGUCGCCGCCGCGUUGAAUUGUGAAUCCGCAAGUACAAAUUGUAGACACGGUCCGUGGAGGAAGGUGUAUUUUUGUUUGUUGGCCGAGACGGAGAAAAGUGUCGAUGAGGUUGGUGCAGGAAGAAGAGAUCACCAACAAUAACGGCAACAGCCAUCGUCAAUGACCCUCGAGCCGCCAGUUUAGUGUGAACAGUUUACUUUCUCGGCAGACAUAAAAAGCAGUACUAGGAAGUCAACUAAUCAGGAAUCUUCCCAUCCAAAUUCCUGGGCCAACUUCGCACAUCUGACCAGUGUCCUGUUUCGCCUCCUUGGUCCCGCCUCCCCACGUGCAUCAAGUGACGUCAACAAUUGUGAGAUAUUAAUUCGUGAGCCCCGAGCUGAAAAAGUAGGUUUUGACAAUGGACGGCAUGGACAUCAAACCCGUGCUUAAUGACGACCCGUCGGUUACCCUGACUAUUCGUCUCAUCAUGCAGGGCAAGGAGGUCGGUAGCAUUAUUGGCAAGAAGGGAGAAAUUGUGAAGAGGUUCCGUGAGGAGUCAGGCGCUAAGAUCAACAUCUCAGACGGCUCAUGCCCCGAGCGAAUAGUGACGGUUACCGGUCCGACGAACUCCAUUUUUAAGGCAUUCACCUUAAUAUGCAAGAAGUUUGAAGAAUGGUGUUCGCAGUUCCACGACAGCCAGGGUGGUGGUGGCGCUGGAGGCGGCGGUGGUAUACCUAGGCCUCCGAUCACUCUGCGCCUCAUUGUACCUGCUUCCCAAUGCGGCUCUCUUAUUGGAAAGGGUGGCUCUAAGAUCAAGGAGAUCAGGGAGGUUACGGGCGCCUCCAUUCAAGUAGCAUCGGAGAUGCUACCCAAUUCGACUGAACGUGCAGUCACCAUAUCUGGUACCAGCGAGGCAAUCACUCAGUGCAUAUAUCACAUAUGCUGCGUCAUGCUAGAGUCCCCUCCCAAAGGUGCCACGAUCCCUUAUCGCCCCAAACCCCAAGUUGGUGGGCCACUGAUCCUGGCUGGUGGUCAAACCUUCACCAUCCAGGGUAAUUACGCGGUGCCCGCCCACUCGGACAUGGGGAAACUUGGUAGCAGUCCGUUAGCUGGCUUAGCUGCUCUGGGCCUUGGAGGACUUGCGGCACCAGCGAAUACAGGAGGUCUUAACCCAGCAGCAUUGGCAGCAUUGGCGGGUAGUCAGUUGCGCACCAACAAUACGAAUAGACAACAGCCAGCUGCCAACAACCAGACACACGAGAUGACGGUGCCCAAUGAACUCAUCGGCUGUAUUAUCGGCAAAGGUGGUACCAAGAUCGCCGAGAUACGCCAGAUAUCUGGCGCUAUGAUACGCAUUAGUAAUUGUGAGGAACGAGAGGGUGGACCGACAGAUCGCACUAUCACCAUCACGGGAAAUCCUGACUCAGUGGCGCUUGCUCAAUAUCUUAUCAACAUGAGUGUCGAACUGCAGAAAGCAAACCUAGAGGCCCAAAAUACCCAAAGCCCCGGGGGCGGCACCACUCCCGGUGCUUCCGGGGCCAGUGCUACUUCCCCCUCUACCACCACAACCACUGCCUCUCCCUUGGCCAGCGCCAUCCCACUGGCCCAGCUGCUGAGCAAGCCGGGCGCCCUUAACGCCCUAUCCAGUCUUACGGCCCUUGGCGGUCUCACGGAGUUGCUAGGGGGCGCCGCGGGCGCCGCAGCCACCGCCCUGCCCGUCCAGACGACGGGCGUCCAUCGCAGUCACAAGGCCUUCACGCCAAGGUUGAGAAGCCCAAGUGGUCCUGGGCCCAUCGACAGCGGCAAGUUCAAGUCCGAGCGAGCCAAGUACAAUCCCUACUAAGUUGCUAAGCUUCCGGAUGGCGCGGCGCCGGUAGCUUUGGAUCAACACGGCGUGCGUCGACCUUGCUAGCACUGACAGCGGCGUCGGUGUCUCGUAUCUCGAGCGACGAGUCUUCUCUUUUCUUCCUUUUCGGUUAAAUUCCCACCCACUCCACAUCCUACUGUUUUUUGUUCUUUUUUUGUUCUAUUUUUUUUAUCAUGCCCUUACUCGUCUCUUUUUAUAUGGAUUUACAACUAUUUGUGUUUUAUUAUUAUUAUUAUUAUUAUUUGUAGCACUCCUUUUUCGUAGUGCGGAUGGUGAACGCAUACGCAUUUCAUUUCGACUCUCAAAAGAUCUGUUAUUAUUUUUUGUUUUUGGUUUUUUAAUCUCGCUUCAGCCAAUAUACCCCUACUUUAUUGAAUUGGAAUUUUUAGCUUGUUAAUAUAAUGAGCUUUCUUCUUUUUAAAUUCUACAAAUAAAUCGAGUCUUAAUAAUAACUACUGUUAACGAUUUUUAAUGACACUUUUUAAAGCUAUAAUAAGGUAGGAAUAUAUUAUCUCGUUGAUGUUUAAAGAGACUUUGUAAAGAAAGCAUUUUGUUUUAGCUUAAAAUGCUCAUAGUCUGUAGGUUAUUUGUGCCAAAACAGAAAAAAAUAAUUUAACAGUCUUUGUUGGUGAAAUGAGAAUGAGAUAGAAGAAUGGUGUGUACUUGCAGCGGUAUGCCAUCGCGCCGUUUGAUACAGAGCCAAUAAUGGCCCCAUGCAAUUUGAUAACAUUUGCCUUUUGAUUAUUUAAUUUGAAUACAAGCAUUGUACUUGCUUAUUAUACUUUUACAAUAUAAAGAAAU